AUGCUUGGAAUGAAGGUUUUGGCCGGCGCUGCGGCGCUGUCCACUUUCCUGUCGGCUUCUUUUGCCUUGGAUGUCCAGGCUCAGAACAACGUCGCCGUCUACUGGGGUCAAGGUGCUAAUCAGCUUCGUCUGGCUCAUUUCUGUGCUGAGACUUCCUUGGAUAUCAUCAACAUCGGCUUCAUCAAUACCUUCCCUCACCACGUGGGAGCUUGGCCAGGUUCCAACUUUGGUAACCAAUGUUCUGGAGCAACCUUUGGAAACUCAUCCCUUUUGGAAGGAUGUUCUCAGAUCUACGAUGACAUUCCUGUCUGUCAGGCCUUGGGAAAGACUGUUCUUCUUUCCCUUGGUGGAGAGGGCGCCGACACCGGUGUUCUUGAUACUGCUACCGCUGAGUGGUUUGCGGAUUUCCUCUGGUACUCGUUCGGUCCUUACAACGCUUCUGCCGUCGCAGAGGGUUUCCCUCGUCCAUUUGAAAAUGCUACUGUCGAUGGUUUUGACUUCGAUGUCGAGGCUAAUGGCAACAGUGGAUAUGCUACCAUGAUCAAUCGUCUUCGCUCACAGUACGCCAACUACCCUGAGCAGAAAUUCUACAUCUCAGGUGCUCCUCAGUGUGUCAUUCCCGAUGCGCAGCUUGAUGAUGCCAUUGCCCAUGCCGUCUUUGAUUUCAUCUGGGUCCAGUUCUACAACACCUACUCGUGCUCUGCUCUGUCCUGGUUUUCAGCUGACAAGGGCUUCAACUUUGCCGAUUGGGUUGGUGUUAUUCAGAACAGUGCUAAUCCUUCCACCAAGCUCUUCAUUGGAUUGACUGCUGAUACCACCUCCGAGUACUACCUCUCUGGCGAUGAAGUUUUGGUCAUGGUUGAGCCGUUUAUCACUGAAUACCCUGAUACAUUCGGUGGUAUCAUGUUGUGGGAGGCUACUUUGUCUGACGAGGACCUCAGUCUUGCGGGCUUGACUUAUGCGGAGCAGAUGAAGACUGUCCUCUACUACUACGCUCCUCCUCCUCCUCCUCCUCUUCCAACCUCAACUCCCAUCCCCACUGUGACACCGACUCCGGUUCCUAGCUGGACCCCGUCGCCCUCUGCGUCGGUGACCCCUUCUAGCCCUGUCACUCCCUCCAGUCCUGCUGUUCCCUCUAGCUCUGCUACCCCUUCUAGCCCUGUCACUCCCUCCGGCUCUGCUACUCCCUCCAGCCCUGCUGUUCCCUCUAGCUCUGCUACCCCAUCCGGCUCUGCCACUCCCUCCGGAUCGGCUACUCCCUCUGGCUCUGCCACUCCCUCCGGAUCGGCUACUCCCUCAGGCUCUGCUACUCCCUCCGGAUCAGCCGUUCCCUCAGGCUCCGUCACUCCCUCAGGCUCUGCCACUCCCUCGGGCUCUACUACUCCUUCCGGAUCGGCUACUCCCUCUGGCUCUGCCACUCCCUCUGGAUCUGUGACUCCCUCUGGCUCUGCCACUCCCUCCGGAUCGGCUACUCCCUCAGGCUCUGCUACUCCCUCCGGAUCAGCCGUUCCCUCAGGCUCCGUCACUCCCUCAGGCUCUGCCACUCCCUCGGGCUCUACUACUCCUUCCGGAUCUGCUACUCCCUCCGGAUCAGCCGUUCCCUCAGGCUCCGUCACUCCCUCAGGCUCUGCCACUCCCUCGGGCUCUGCUACUCCUUCCGGAUCUGCUAUUCCCUCUGGAUCCGUGACUCCCUCGGGCUCCGCCAUUCCCUCUGGAUCAGUGACUCCCCCCGGAUCGGCUACUCCCUCUGGAUCGGCUACUCUCUCUGGCUCUGCCACUCCCUCUGGAUCAGCUGUCUCGUCCAGCUCAGUCGUCAACUCCAGCAAGCCUGCUUCUAGCCCAGCUGCUUCAGCUCAAUCGACCCAGUCAGGCUCUCUGUCUAGUUCUCCUGUCGCAAGCCACAGCUCAGCUCCUGCCUCUUCCCCAUCUGUUGGACUUUCUGCCUCUGCCUCUGUUUCCCCUUCAUCUGGUAACUCGGGAUCGACUGUGAAGCCUUCAGCCUCCGGAACCGUAUCUCAGUCUUCUUCGCCUGUUGCUUCUGUGGGUCCUUCCUCUUCGGGUCUGUCUGGCACUUUGCCCGAAUCGAGCGUGUCUCCUUCCUCGAAGCCCACCCAAACCGGUACUGCUGUUCCCUCGCGUACUCCUAUCACUGUUCCUACACAGUCAAAGUCUACCGGUGUUCCCAGCUCGAGCUUGAAGGCCUCUACAUCGGUUGCCUCCUCUUCUGGCACCGCAUCGCACAUUGCCACAACUCCGGCUGGCUCUGGAGACUCUGCGACCACUGUUGUUGUUUACGAGACUACUACUUGGUGCCCCGUUACCGCCACUGAGACUUCUGGCUCAGUCACACGCACUAUUGUUACCAGCACUCCCUCGGUCGUUCUUGUGACAUCCACAUCCACUCUCCCAGUGGCUACCACUACCCCGGCUGGAUCUGGAGAGUCUGUGACUACUGUUGUGGUCUAUGAGACCACCACUUGGUGCCCCGUCACUGCCACUGAGACCUCUGGCUCAGUCACCCGUACUAUUGUCACCAGCACACCCUCUGCAGUGCUUGUGACAACCACAUCCACUAUCCCAGCAGUUUCCACAACCCCUACUGGUGUGAGUGCUGAAUCGACUUCAGUUGGAUCUGGAGAGUCGGUGACUACCGUUGUGGUCUAUGAGACUACCACCUGGUGCCCUGUCACUGCCACUGAGACCUCUGGCUCAGUCACCCGUACUAUUGUCACCAGCACUCCCUCUGCGGUGCUUGUGACAACCACCUCUACUAUUCCUGCGGCUACCACCACUCCUGUCGGUGUGAGCGCUGGGUCGACUUCGGUUGGAUCUGGAGAGUCUGUGACCACUGUUGUUGUCUAUGAGACUACUACUUGGUGCCCCGUUACCGCCACUGAGACUUCUGGCUCAGUCACACGCACUGUUGUUACCAGCACCCCCUCAGUUGUUCUUGUGACAUCCACAUCUACUCUCCCAGCAGUCACCACAACCCCUGUGGCUACCACCACUCCUGUCGGUGUGAGCGCUGGAUCGACUUCGGUUGGAUCUGGAGAGUCUGUUACCACUGUUGUGGUCUACGAGACAACCACUUGGUGCCCCGUCACCGCCACUGAGACUUCCGGCUCAGUUACACGUACCAUUGUCACCAGCACUCCCUCGGUCGUUCUUGUGACAUCCACAUCCACUCUGCCAGCGACUGUCUCUGCUUCCGUUGAGACUGUCACCUCCACAUGGGGCUCGGGUGUGUCCGCCGGACAGGGCCAAGGUUCUAGCCCUAGCGGCGUGCCUCAACCCCCGGCUAGUGGGUCCGUCGGUGUGGUGUCUGGUCACCCGGCCUCCACAGCUCUGGUCACUGGAGUUGGAGCCAUCCGUACUCACAGCCAGACUCCAUCGUUUGUCUUCCACCCUACUGCCACGAGCACUGUCUCUGGUAGCUCGGGAACCUCCAGUGCCACACCUCAAGGCGCUUCCCCUGCAUACAAUGCUGCUGGUUCUCGCUCGGAUAUGGUUAAUUUCUUCGGCGUCGCUUUCGCCGUUCUCCUGUCCGCUAUUCUGAUUUAA